AUGCCCUCGUUGGAAGACGACAAGGACCGGUCGCUCAAACUCUCGCCGGUCGAUGAGGCAAAAAGUGGUAAUCCCGCCCCCGCGGUCGGCGAUGUUGCUCCUCCGCCAUUCACGAUAUUCACCAUGCGUGAGAAGUGGUACAUCAUCAACUUGGCGGCGUGGGGGUCUCUAUUCAGCCCACUCACAGCGAAUGUGUACUUCCCGGCGAUUCCUGUAAUGGCUGAGCAGUUCCACAAGUCGACCGAGCAGAUCAAUCUGACCGUCACGGUAUACAUGGUCUUUCAGGGAGUAACACCCAUGUUGUUCGGUAACCUUGCUGACAGGUCUGGGCGGCGACCUAUCUUCAUCAUCUGUUUGGUGAUACUUGCACUAUCCUGCGUCGGUUUAGCCCUGUGCCCUACCGACGCCUACUGGCUGCUCAUGCUCCUUCGUUGCAUUCAAGCCGCUGGCUCUGCGAGUACAGUCGCGUUAGCGUCUGGUGUCAUGGGCGACAUCAUCACCAGGCAGGAGAGAGGUGUUUUCACCGGAGUGCUCAUGUUUGCACCCUCUGUGGGACCUACACUUGGGCCCAUCAUCGGCGGAGGCUUGACGCAGGGACUAGGUUGGAGGUCGAUCUUCUGGUUUCUCUGCAUCGCGUCCUCAGUAUGCGCUAUCAUCAUCGCUUUGUUCAUGCCGGAGACUUUGCGCAACCUGGUCGGUAAUGGGAGCAUCCGACCUUCGGUCUGGUAUCGGCCGCUUAUACCGCUCAUGCCUCGGAACCGAGACGACAGCUCUCAAGAUGCAAGCACCAUACCUCCAAAGCGUCAACUGAUCAAUCCUCUGCGCAUCCUGGUGUCUCCAGACGUUUUCAUCCUGCUGUUCUUCAUGGCCGUCCAGUACGCCAUCUUCUACGGAGUUUUAGCUUCGUUAUCUUCCCUCUUCUCCGAGGUCUACCCGUAUCUCAACCAGACCGAGAUUGGCCUCUGUUUCAUCGCACUUGGUGGAGGGAAUACCAUCGGCACUCUCGGCAUGGGCAAGCUGCUGGACAGGGAAUACUCUCGCUUUCGGGCUAAGUGGCUCUCUCAACGUAUGCAAGAGGCUGGGACCGAAGCCGGCGACGUAGACGAGAACGACUUCCCAAUCGAGCGUGCACGCCUUAGGUUGAUGCCGUGGUGUCUGACGCCGUUCUUGCUGUGCACUAUCGGGUACGGCUGGUGUCUUCAAUUUCGUGUGCACAUCGCAGUUCCCCUUGUACUGCAGUUCAUAAUGGGUGGCUGCGUGAGCGGCUUCUUCAACAUCAUCACGGCCCUUACUAUCGACGUAUUCCCCAACCAGGGCGGAGCUAUAACUGCUUGCAAUAAUCUCUUCAGGUGCCUUCUGGGUGCAUUCAUGGUCGGAGUUUUUGAUAUUAUCCUCAAUGCGCUCGGGAUGGGAUGGACAUAUGUGCUGCUAGGCUUGAUAGGGUUUGCGAUGUAUCCGCUGACCUACGUUGUGAUGCGGUGGGGUCCCAUGUGGCGUGAGAGGCGACGCCAGGCAGCAGAGAAAUGA